ACUUAUUAAAUAGAUGGAUUGAAGCAUGAUGCUCAGUUUGUGUCGAAGUUCCAAAAGCCGUGCUCUGACGUCUUUUCGCGGAUUAUUCCAGUCUCAAGUCAUAAUUCGAAAUGGGAAACAACUACCCCUAAUUGGCGUCAAUAUCAAGAGAUUUUUAUCAGCUAAUCCAGAAACAGUUACUCUCAAUUUUGUGAAAGAAAGGACUGGGGAAACACUCAGCACCAAAGCCAAAGUUGGAGCCAAUAUUUAUGAUGUGGUUAUAGACAACGACAUCGACCUCGAUGGUUUCGGUGCAUGUGAGGGUACAAUGGCUUGUGUGACGUGUCAUCUGAUCUUUUCCAAGAAGCACUUCGACAAACUGCAGUCUCCGGCCACUGAGGAUGAAAUGGACAUGCUGGACAUGGCAUGGGGACUCAGUGAUACAUCCAGACUAGGCUGCCAGCUCAAAGUGGAGAAAUGGAUGGACGGAAUAGACAUAACUGUGCCGGCUGAGAAAAAUGACGCGCGAACAUUUUAGUCAAUGCAGUUAACAACUGAAACUAUGCGCAAAACGAGAACGACGACUGAAGAGAACUUGAUUGAGUUUGUUAUCUAUCCGAAGAGCAAUUAAACAUUCAGAUUUCCAGCAAUUGAAUUCAUAAUCAGUAACAUAUUAUUUUUAUUCAUGUUGAUCGGUAUGGUAUAUAAAUACCAUCAU